AUGAUUUGCUCGUGGUUCCUACCUCUUCUUGCUUAUGGACUUACAAUACUGCAGGGAGUGAGUUGUUGGACAUACCAUUAUUCGGACACCAAUAUGACCUACAAGGAAGCAGAGCAGUGGUGCAAAAAGAGGUAUACUAACAUGGUUGCCAUUCAGAAUAAGGAGGAAAUUGCCUAUCUCAAUAAAUUCUUACCCUUCAACCCGGGUUACUACUGGAUUGGGAUCAGAAAAAUUAAUGAGGUGUGGACGUGGAUUGGAACUAAGAAGGAACUGACAGAAGAGGCAGAAAACUGGGCUUCUGGUGAGCCAAACGGCAAAGGGAACAACGAGGACUGUGUUGAAAUCUACAUCAAGAGAGGGAAGGAUGAUGGCAAGUGGAAUGAUGAACAGUGUGAGAAAAAGAAGGUCGCCUUGUGCUAUACAGCUUCUUGCAACCCAUCUCUCUGCAGUGGCCGUGGAGAAUGCAUAGAGACUAUUAACAAUCACACCUGCCACUGUAAUCCUGGAUUCCAUGGGCCUGAAUGCGAGUUUGUUGAGAGCUGUGAUCCACUGAAGGAGCCUGAUCAUGGGAGCCUUGACUGCAGCCAUCCAUUGGAGAACUUCAGCUACAAUUCAUCCUGCACAGUUCAGUGUGAGGAAGGCUAUGAACUGACUGCAUUGGAAUCUGUUUACUGUACCUCUUCUGGGGUCUGGUCUGCCCCCCUUGCAGCAUGCAAAGCUGUGACCUGUCCUGCCUUAGAAGUGCCUGCUCACGGUGCUGUGAAUUGCUCCCAUUCCUCUGUGGAGCUCACCUGGGGUACCACCUGCGAAUUCACCUGUGAGGAAGGAUUUACCCUGACAGGACCAGCCACACUGCAGUGUGGGUCUUCUGGGGCCUGGGACAGGCAGCAGCCAUCCU